AACAGGCUGGCCUUUCUCUAACACAGUGUGCAAGAUGAGUGGGUUUGUGCAGGGUGUAUCUGUGUCAGCCUCGGUCUUCACCCUGGUAGCAAUCGCUGUUGAAAGGUUCCGUUGUAUUGUGUAUCCUCUCCAGCCCAAGCUUACUCUCCUUGUUGCCAAGGUAGCCAUUGUGUCUAUCUGGGUGUUAGCAGUAGCAAUUAUGUGUCCUGCUGCAAUAGCACUGACUGUGGAGAAAGUUCCUUUCCAUUACAUGGUCUACAAUGAUGAUUUCAAUCAGACGUUGCCCCUUUACACCUGCUAUGAAAACUUUGCCAAGCCUCAUAUGAGAAAGGUCUACACGGCGGUUCUGUUCGCCCACAUCUAUCUGGUUCCCCUCACUGUCAUCACGCUGAUGUAUGUAAGCAUCGGGGUCAAACUCUGCUCCUCUGCUGUCACAAACAGACAACCACAACUGGCCAAUGUCACAGUCCAGGCGGGAGGCAGAAGACAUGCCCAACAAGUGGUAUCCCAGAAAAAGAUCAAGGUGAUAAAAAUGCUCAUCGUAGUUGCUUUGCUUUUCAUGCUCUCCUGGUUGCCCCUUUGGACUCUUAUGUUAAUGGCAGACUAUGGUGGACUGAACAGAGACCAGCUGGAUCUGCUCACCAGCUACGUCUUCCCCUUUGCCCACUGGUUAGCCUUUUCCAACUCCAGCGUGAAUCCCAUCGUCUAUGGCUACUACAACAAGAACUUCAAGAGGGGCUUUCAAGUAGUGUGGAAGACAAAGCCCAUGUGCUGCUUCCCCCAGCUGAAGAGCAGAAUGCCUCGAUGGGGACGGAGAGCAAGAUCUGCACAUGCACCGUGUGAAGGAGCUGAACUAAGAGAUGGCAGUAAUAGCCAUGGAAACUUUCUGUUGGGACUAAGAAACCGUGUCCAUAAUGACAACAAACUGAGUGAAACCCCAGAAAUAAACAGGAGCUCGAGGGUAGGCUGUGUGGUGGUCCACCAAGGUAGAAGUCUGUCAGAACAAGGGAUAGAAAUGGUAGCCAUACAUCAGAAAAGCAGCAACGAAGAAGGUUCUGAGAAGACACCAUUGUCCGACUGAGUGCACUGAUGCGUCAGGUCAUGGUGCACAGAAAAAAGAAAAGCUGUCAGUAUAGGCGGAGGCAGCCCAGGGACGGCAGUAGCAGCGUUAGUGAUCCAAUCAUGGGUGAACACUGGCAUAGAAAAAUAUAAAAAAAAAUUUAAAAGAUCAGCGGCCCUCUGAUCCAAAUAUAAAAUCAGCCCCGUGGGAAUUGUCCAGGUCCUUUCAAUUAGCCACUGGUUCCCAGUGUUUCAUAAUUAUUUGUGGAAUGGUGAAUAAUGUGUUGUUAAUUAUUUAAUGAAUGUACCUGUGAAUGAAAAAUCUUAUUUUUUUUUUUUUUUAUCAAAGCACAGAACAAACGCAUCUUGUCUUUUGUUUAACUUCUAUUAUUAAAAUCUACGUAAUGUCAAAUUGUAUUUAUGACAUUAAAUAUCUGUCUGUGUUUGAAAGGAAUGUACUCUCCCUCCAGUGUCAUACACAAAGAAUGUGUGAAACCAAAGUGGACUUUGGUUUCUUUAUUACUGUUAGUUACAUUUAUGUAAAUGUAUUAAUGAUGUCAAAACAGGUGUUUUAUUUUACUCCUCUGCUAUGUUACCUGAUGAUCACUCAGCAAGAACCAAACGCGUAAGUCUGUGUUUAUGGCUCGAAAUGCAAACUUUUACGGCGUGUACCGUGAUUCUCUCAGCUUUGUUGUGUUGUGAAACUUGUGUUGUAAUCCAUUUCUUUUGGUAUCUGUCUUGAACAAAUCAAGCUAGGUGGCUUUGUUAGUGUUAUUUGUAAUGCUGAGUUUGUAACUGUCUCUUUUUAAUCAUUGUUGUUUUUUUUUUUGCUCUAAUAAAAAUGCAUUUAAUAAGAAUUGUUUCUUGAU